CUUGGCCGUCUCUUCCUGCCCUCGACAUCACCCGGAUUGCGGCAAGCCACGACAAGCCGCCGUCUAUCCAGAGACCACCAUUCUUCCCGUCUGCCGCCUUAUGUUGCCUUUCUCUCUAUUUUCCCCGUGCUGUCGCCUUCGUGCCUUAUACUCGCGCCUCUGCUGGGGAUCAUGACAGCACAACGGCAUCCGGCAUCUUGCCCUUAGCACAUCAUCCCAUCCCUAUCAUGAGGCCUUCUUUCGUCUCUGUCCUCCUGCUUCUGCGGGUUGCCGCCGUCGCAUCCGGCGCGGCGCAACCGGUCGGCGCCGAGAUCGAUAGCGAGAGAACCACAAGUACGAACUCGGCCGUCGAAACCGGUAUUGUCCAAGGCGCACAUCACCAAUGGGCGCCCUACCAAAGCGGCUGGGAGCUCGUCAAUGAGGCCAUGGCGAACUUCCAGAAGAUCAGGAUACCGCUUCAUAAGAAGGCGAAGAAGCAAGGAGGCAUCUUGGGCGUGAUAGUACAGUAUGCCAUGAAGGCGUUGCCGAGCCUGCGAGCCAGCGCCCCUCCUCAGGAACAUGUCCUCCCCGCCAUCAGCGGUUUUCUUCUCGAAGGCGUCAAGCUGCUCCAGCAGUCGGCCAACCAGAACAACACCGACGCCAUUUACCUCCUCGCCCAGCUGAACUUCUUUGGCAACUUUUCGCAUCCGAGAAACUUCAAGGUCGCAUUCGAUCACUAUUACCGACUCGCUUCGUACGGUAAUAGUUCUGCGCAGUAUAUGGUGGGGUUGAUGUAUGCGACCGGGCUUGGCGAUGCGGUAGAGCGCGAUCAGGCAAAGGCGCUCUUAUACCAUACCUUUGCCGCCGACGCGGGACAUACAAGGUCCGAAAUGACCGUUGCCGCCCGCCAUCUGAGCGGUGUGGGAGUGCCUAAGAACUGCGAGACCGCGAACAAAUAUUAUAAGAGGGUAGCUGAUAAAGCUAUGGCCUGGUUCCGAUCGGGACCUCCGGGUGGCAUGUCCAUAGUGCCAGAAGCACGUCGGCUUUCCGACGACGUGGGCGGUGUCUACGGAGAGGGAGCGAGUGUCGUUAGUUCCGGCAUCAAUGCCCUGAAAGCAAGCCCGAAUUCGGAUGCCUAUGCCGCCAUCGAUGAUGUCAUCGAAUAUCUCGACUUGAUGUCCCAGAAAGGUGACUUUAAGGCUUCUUUUAACCUCGGCAGGCUCUAUUACGAAGGACAGAGGGGCCUGGAUCGAAACGUUGACCUGGCACGACGAUAUUUUGCCACGGUCGCGACUAUGUAUUGGCGCACCAAAGAUGGCCGCACCGUGGACCAGCCCAAACCUGGGUUGGAUAAGUAUGCCAGCAAGGCUGCUGGCUAUAUUGGCCGCAUGUGGUUGCGCGGUGAAGGCGUUAAGCAGGACUUCAAAAAUGCGCAGAAAUGGUUUGAGCGAGGUAUCAUGCUCGGCGAUGCCCAAUCCCAGUGGGGCCUGGGCAUCAUGAACCUACACGGCCUCGGCAUGCCAAAAAAUGUCUCCAUGGCUACAGAGUUGUUCAAGAAGUCGGCAGAUCAGGAUUUCAGCCUAUCCCACGUCGCCCUUGGCGCUCUUCACCUCGACCAAGGGACGCCGGACGAUCUGAAGAUCGCAAACUCUUACUUCGAAGCGGCCGCUCGGUGGGCGAACAUCGAAGCGCAAUACUACCUAGCGGAAAUGAUGCACCACGGAGUCGGGAGGGAUAAGACUUGCGGUAUGGCCAUGGCAUACUACAAGAAUGUCGCCGAACGAGCCGAACCUCUGGUGUCAUCUUGGGCAGAAGCUAAUCAAGCCUAUGAAGACGGAGACUAUGAGUUAGCUUUGCUCGACUAUCUCACAGCUGCAGAGCAAGGGUACGAGAAAGCACAGAACAAUGUCGCUUUCAUGCUGGAUCCGACGCACUCACGUCUCCCUGUUCCGUCGUGGAUCAGGCGUCAACCACCAAGGCCCAGUCUCCUUCAAAAUUCUGCUCUGGCCUUAAUAUAUUGGACCAGAUCCGCUAUACAGUCCAACAUCGACUCACUCGUGAAAAUGGGAGACUAUUAUCUAGCUGGCAUCGGCACUGACUCGGCGCUCGACAAGGCGUCCCAAUGCUACCAGGGGGCCUCGGAAUACUUCCAGAGCGCCCAAGCUCUGUACAACUUAGGCUGGAUGCACGAGAACGGCGUUGGUCUGACUCAAGACUUCCACCUCGCCAAGAGAUACUACGACCAAGCACUGGAGACUAACGAGGAGGCGUACCUCCCGGUUACCCUGAGCCUGCUGAAGCUGCGUGUCCGAAGCGCCUGGAAUACCUUUACCCAUGGCCGGAUAAAUUCCAUCCAGGACGAACCGUCACCCAGAAAGGAUUGGUCGCUGGGCGAGUGGAUCGCGAACUUUUUACAGGAGGAUAACCUUUUCUACGAGGACGAGUACGGUAGUGGGUAUUACGAGGAUACGAUCGCCGGUGGCGCGGGCGGGGAAGACGCGCUGGGCGACGACCCGCUGGACGACCUUGACGGUGUGAUUGAGAGCCUGAUCAUCCUUGGGCUGGUUAGCGCCAUCCUCUUCCUGAUGUAUUACCGUGCACGCCGGCAGCAGGCCCACCGCCAGGCUGAGGAGGAUGCGAAUGCUCGAAGACAGCAGCAGCCGCCACCCCAGCAGCAGGCUUGGUUGGGCGCCCCGUGGCGACCACAACAGCCUCUUCGAGAGCAGGGACAUGGACAGGGCGGCUUGCCCCCACAGCCCGGGAACCCGGGGUUCGAGCAGUGGGCGGGGCCGGCGGGCCGCUAAGUAAGGCCAUAGAAUUAGUAGGCGAAUAAUUAGGUAGUCUAGACUGCUCGACUGCUACCUAUAGAUACGCAACGGUUAAGCGUCAUUAGUUUAUAAUUUGAUAUAAUUAAAAAUGGUA